ACGUCGCAUCUGACCGCUGACCCACCCGUCCACACACUUGUUGGUCAUACCUCGAGUGGCCACGUGGAGGAUAAUCGCAGAAAAGAUGCUGUGGCGGUUGACAACACUGCGGCUCAUCUAAAUCGCCCUCAGACGCAUUUUUGUGACUGUUUAAACAAAAGAAAGAAGAUGCUCUUGAGCGUCCUGCUUGCCCUGUGCGCCAUCUAUGGCGGUGUGGCCUACGCCAUGCAACAUUACCCCGCGGCCUGGGGACACUACGACGUGUGCAAGUCGCAGAUCUACACGGAGGAGGGUCUGGCGUGGGACUACAUGGCCUGUCAGCCCGAAGCCACCGACAUGACAAAGUACCUGCGGGUGGCCCUCGACCCGCCCAACAUCACGUGCGGGGAUCCGCCAGAAACCUACUGCGCUCUGGAGAACCCUUACAUGUGCAACAACGAGUGCGACGCCAGCACCGAGGAGUUGGCUCAUCCGCCCAAGCUGAUGUUUGACUUCGAGGGUCGUAACCCCACAACCUUCUGGCAGUCCACCUCAUGGAAAAAAUAUCCCAAGCCGCUGCAGGUCAACAUCACGCUGUCGUGGAACAAGACCAUCGAGCUGACCGACGACAUCGUGCUCACAUUUGAGUCGGGCCGACCUGAGCAGAUGGUCCUGGAGAAGUCGCUGGACUACGGCCGUACGUGGACGCCCUACCAGUUCUACGCCACUGACUGUUUGGAUGGCUUCACCAUGGAACCAAAGACAGUCGGUGACCUCACCCAGCGUACCCUGCUGGACAUCAUCUGCACUGAGGACUACUCACGGGGCUACGUGUGGAAGAACGACAAGACGGUGCGCUUUGAGAUCAAGGACCGCUUUGCCCUGUUCGCCGGGCCUCGCCUGCACAACAUGGCCUCCUUGUACGGCCAGCUUGAUACUACCAAGAACCUGAGGGACUUCUUCACCAUCACCGACCUGAGGAUUAGGCUGCUGAAGCCGGCCACUGGAGCCACCAUGGUGGAUGAGAACAACCUGUCCAGAUACUUCUAUGCCAUCUCUGAUAUCAAAGUGCAGGGAAGGUGCAAGUGCAACCUGCAUGCCAACAGCUGCGUGUUCGACAAGGGGAAGCUGGGCUGCGAGUGCGAACACAACACCACAGGGCCCGACUGCAGCCGCUGCAAGAGGCACUACCACGGCCGAGCCUGGAGCGUGGGCUCCUACCUCCCAAUACCCAAAGGAACUGCAAAUAUAUGUAUUCCCAGUAGUCACGGACCUGCACAUCGAGCAAAUGCGUCAUCUCUUGGCGUCGCGAAUCGUAACCAAGCCCGGGUGUGCGACAACGCCAUGCUGCGCUGCCAGAACGGUGGCACGUGCCACCACCACCAGCGCUGCCACUGUUCCCCGGGCUUCACCGGUGUCCUGUGCGAGAGGGCCCGCUGCCAGGGCCCCGGCGAGUGUGACGAUCAACUGUCGGGACGGGCCACCCGCCGCCAUCCUGCCGCUCACCAUUUCGCUCUCGCCUCAUUGUUGCUGAUUGUUUCUCUUUGCUGAGUAACCAAAACCCCUAAAAAGGACAUGCACGCAACGAGGCGGACCUCUGGACAGCGUGGACCAAGUGCUCAGCAACCUGGCGACUUUUUUGUACGUCUCAGGACGCCGUCGCCGAAUAGUACGCUAGAUGGACUGAUGAACCAUCACUGCUGUCUGGUAUUCUCACACAGGAAACAUCUGUUAUACGAUGUGAUUGGCCGAUACUUUGUGAAAGGGGAGGGGCGAGAACUACCGUAAUUUCUCAUGUAUAAUGCGCAUCUAUGUAUAAUACGCAACCCCAAACUUGACCUCAACAUUCUGGAAAACCCUUCUACCGAUGUAUAAUGCAUUUUUACAAUGCAUGAUUUCGCUUCUACCCAUAUGAUCAAAACAUGAAGUAUUAUCUGUAUUUUCUUCAUUUUUUCAAAUAUUCUGAAGUUAAGCACUUUAUUUGAACACGUAAUACUUUCUUUUUAAUUACUUGCUCUUAUUUUGAAAUUCACAGCCCUACUUUUAUUUCGUGAAUGAGAAAACACACAGUUGGGCUCAUGUUUGAUUACCCAGCCAGAAUUUGUAAGAUGGGUACAAUUCUUUAACGAAAACAUCAAGGGCCAGGCGAAACACAUUUAGUUUUAUUUGAAUGGCAUUCAAAUUAAACUGUCAAGCAUUUCAGAAAAGCAUUAUCAUCAAACAAAACCAUAAAGAAAUUAAUGAUGGUUGUUGUUCAGUCAUCAGUCAUAUUUUAAAAAACAAUAUUCCACAAAUUCUGCCAGGGGAUGUAAACUUAUGAGCACAACUGUACAUAUGCAGUCAUACUUAGCCCUGUCGUAUUGGAAUGAAAGUGUAGGCUACAACUUUUUCAUGUGUGUAUGUUUUUGACAUUUUGCGGGAAUGCGCAUUAUACACGAGAAAUUACAGUACCUCCACACUGUACAAAGCGACACACUUUCUUAGAAUUAUUAUAAAGAAUAUAGAGGUGACAACCGUGGCCAUUUUCCAAGAAGUCCCGGUUACGGAAAUCAGUGCAAAUCUUGACAAUACUAAGGUUCACUAUCCCUUCCACGCUGAGCUGGUGUCAGUACCACAGAAAAAAUUGUUUAAAAAUUUAUGGUAGCCCCUUCAGAUGAGCCGUGUUAAGGGUUGACAUGACUUAAUAAUACGAGGGGUGGUGUGUCAGAAAAGUUAGAGAACCGGUGUCACAAAUGAUAUAUUUUAAAUGACGCCGAUUCCUCCUAUAUUUGGCAAAAUAAGAUUCCGAUAACCGAUUAAUCAGCUGAUUGAUUUAAAAAAAAUAUGUAAUGAAUAAAAUAACUUCUUAUUUUGGUCCCUUAACAGUUACAACAGUAAAGAUAUUAAUUACAGGCAGAACAUUUAACUGUUUUGCAAUACUUGGUUCUUUAGUAUUUAUUAGACUUUACAAUGGAGAAAAAUGGGGGCAAUCGACCGAUUAUUUUUGCUGAUAUUUUUUGUUUUGUUGAUUGUUUUGUUUUGGUUGCAUUAUGUUGUAAUAUGUUACUGCGUUUAAAAUGUAUAUUUUUGUAAUUAUUAUUUUAAGUAAUCCCCCUGGAAUCUAACGCAUUUUCCCAGCCUUCUCUGCCACGACUUCAUGCACUCCUGGAAGGAGUCCUGUGGGAUCCUCCGCAGCUCUUUCGUCACAGCCAUCUUUAUGUCAUUCAUGACUUCAAACGGGGUCCCCUUUGACACCCCGUUGAGCUCGGAAAAGAGGAAGAAAAAAAUAGAGGCAGUUUGGGUUAAUAGAGAGGUUACUCCAGCACGUCGAUGUUCUUCUGGCCAGGAACUUUGAGAUGCUCAGACCGUUUGUGAGCAAGCAUGUUGUCAUUGCGAAGCCGCCACGAGCUGUUAAGCCACAUCUGCUGCCUCUUCUCCUUGUUGAUCAUAUGGCCCACACUGAUAGGAAAAACUCUUAGUUUGUAGUUUAGCUUUGAAAUAUAGCCUUUGUGACGCAAGUACUUGAAAUUUUCUGCCGCAAAAAGGAACAAACUUACAGCAAAAACAGGAUACACUCCGGCUGUUCAAAGAAUACUUAUCUGAGCUCGUCUUUUCUAAAUUUGUAAGUCACGUUCUGUUAUCUUCACUCGACACGGACAAUGCUCUGACUACCAUUGUCUUCGUACGUCCUAGGAAUGCCCCAAUCACAAACAUACUCAAUCCAUCAGUUUUAAGCAAGGAUGACGCAUGCAGUUACACAAGGAUAUAAAGAACUAUAUCCAUCCAACCAUUUUCUUCACCGCAUAUCCUCACUAGGGUCACGGGCUGCUGGAGCCUAUCCCAGCUAUCCUCGGGCGAGAGGCGGGGUACACCCUAAACCGUUCGCCAGCCAA